UUUCGUGUGGAAAGUUUACCGGUUCGGGUGCAAAGUUUCAGCCCGUCUGCAAACUGGAGCUGGAGCGAGCGAACGUCCGAAAUAUCGUUGUCUGCCGAGUGACCAAUUCUCGGAUGAAUUGUAUUCCAGUCGACGUGCCGCUGCCAUUACGGGACGAACGUAGUGUGUGUGGGGUGUGGGGGCACGUUUUGUCUCUCGGGGAGCCAGUUAGCUUGGCGUUCAUCCUAGCUAGCUAGCUAGCUCGUGCGAGCUAGUUUUUUUUUUUUGUAUUUUUUUUUUUUGCGCCACCUUUUAGAAGCUCGACAGCAAAAUGGCUUGUGAACCCAAUCGAGUCCGGCUGCUAUGCAUGCUCUCGUUGACUUUCGUCUUCUUCAUCGUGGAGGUGGUGGUGAGCCGGAUCACCGCAUCCCUCUCGAUGCUGUCGGACUCCUUUCACAUGCUGUCGGACGUCAUCGCCUUGGUCGUGGCUCUGGUGGCGGUGCGCUUCGCCGAGAAGACCCAAGCGACCGACAAGAACACGUUCGGCUGGAUCCGGGCCGAGGUGAUGGGGGCGCUGGUGAACGCCGUGUUCCUCACGGCGCUGUGCUGCACCAUCGUGCUGGAGGCCAUCGAGCGCUUCACCGAGGCCCAUGAGAUCGAACGGCCGCUGGUGCUCGCCGCUGUGGGCUUCGCGGGGCUUCUCGUCAACCUGCUCGGGCUGUGCUUGUUCCACGGGCACGCCGGCGGAGGACACGGACACUCGCACGGGGGGAAGAAGGGCAAAAGUGCCAAGGCUCACCGGGCUGGCAACGGAACUCCUGGAGAAACCAACAAUCUGGUGGGGAACCACAGCGGCUGCGGGGAAGCCUCGCAAACUACCGACAUCAGCCCUAAAGAGAGCACAGAGGUGCAGAUCAACGGUGGCGCCCAGUACGAAGAGAUGGAGCACGAGUCAUCCUCGCAGCUCAACAUGCGCGGAGUCUUCCUCCACGUGCUGGGCGACGCCCUGGGCUCCGUCAUCGUCGUGAUCAACGCUCUCAUCUUCAUCUUCGUGUGGCAGCCCUGCAACAAAGACGAAAUCUGCAUCAACCCGUGUAUUGAAAGCCACGCCACCGACCACUAUCACAAUAACCACACGCUGCUGGAUCUCUUGGAGGGCCCCACGGUGCCCAGCACCAAGGUGGCGGGGCCCUGCUGGGUGCUCUACCUGGACCCCACGCUCUGCCUCAUCAUGGUGUGCAUCCUGCUGUACACCACGUACCCGCUGCUCAAGGAGUCGGCCCUCAUCCUGCUGCAGACAGUCCCCAAGCAAAUCAACAUCCAUCGCCUCAACGAGCGUCUGCUGAAUCUGGACGGGGUCCUGGCCAUCCACGAACUACACGUGUGGCAACUGGCGGGCAGCCGCAUCAUUGCCACGGCGCACAUCAAGUGCCACGACCCCACGUCUUACAUGGAGGUGGCCAAGCGAAUCAAAGACUUCUUCCACAACGAGGGCAUCCACGCCACUACCAUCCAGCCUGAGUUCGUCACGUUCAGUUCCGAGUCCCAGGACUCACUGUGCGAGCUCUCCUGCCGGACUCAAUGCGCCCCCAAGCUGUGCUGCGGCGCCGGCGACAAGCAGAACCCCGCGACUGAUAAGAAGGCGGUCGUUGACCUCAGGGCGAUCGGCGAGACUCCGGAGCCGGCCGCCGUGCCUCUGGUGCAGCCGCAUGUGAUCGUCACGUCGGAGGUGGAGUCGUCUCUGUGAGAUACUAGAUGGACAGCUGUCGGUCAGUAUUGGAAAAAUGGCUCCAGCGUUACCACCGAGCAAGCGUUUGUUCAGCCUCAGUCUUUCUUCACAAGCCUCCUCAAUCUGCAUAUCAUUUUCGAAAAAUGAAAAAGCGACUGAUUUGUUUUUAAAUCAAACCCAAAAAAAAACAAAAGUUGACAGAUUCUUCAGAUUUACAUUUUUAUCUUAGAUCAAAAAUAAGAAAUUGAAAAUAAGAUAAUAGGACUCAUUUUGAUAUUUAUAUGAAUUGGUCAUGGUUACAUGACCCGUAAGUUUGGUAACAAGCACCUGUAAAGAAGUGUUAGCUUGUUAGUAGCCACCAUUAGCCAGGACCAAUCAAAUGACUCAAAUCAAAACCGUUAUUAAAACCCAUUGAGACCGAAGUCUCUUUUUCAAACAGUGAUCUGACCAAUAAUGUAUAGUUUUAGAGCAGUGUUUCCCAACCUUUAUUAAACCAAGGCACAUAUUUUGCUUUAGCAAGCUGUCACGGCACGACACUUAAGAACAAUUUUAAAUUGAAAUUAAAUGUUUCCCGUGGCACACCUGAUGAUCUUUCAUGGCACACUGGUUGGGACUCACUGGUUUAGACUGAAGGGGUGUUGAAGUCAUUUUCAUCGCGGGUCGUACUGAUAUCCAUCCAUCCAUCCAUCCAUCUUCUUUACUGCUUAUCCUCACUAAGGUCAUAUAUGAUCUAUAAUAUAAAUGUCACCUCAUCAUAUUAUUAUGUCAUCCAUGUCAGACAUAAUGCGUCCCAGUUACAAUUUGUCCUUUAUAGAAUACGAGUAAUGGAUCGUGGUCAUAGGGAGGACUGAUUGUGGCAGCUAUAAGCUAACAUAUCUUUUACUAAUGCUCGUUACCAAACUGCUGGGUCGCGUAAACAUGACCAGUUGUGGCCCGUUUUCCAAUUUUGUAUUUUUAAUCCGAGGCAAACAUUUUAAUAUGAAAAAUCUAAAUUAUUUGUGUUAGAUUCAGAAAUUAAUGAGUUACUUUUUCAUUUUUUGAUUACCAAUUGUAAACGGAAAGAACGAAUAAUACACAGAUUCUUAUCGUCGUCAGUGGCAUGUCGGGGUUCGCUGACUUUGGAACCUUGUCCCAUGGUGUUGCUCUGCGAAAGCUUCUCUCUUCAGGACCUCAAAAUGUCCUCUUUCACGGCACACGGCAUGCUCAUUUCAGCCUGUGGACUAUUUUGUGUGUAUUCUCUUAACCCCCUGGCCCCUAAAAAUGGAGUAAUGUAUUGCUUAUUUAAGUUAUUAGAAAGAAUCUAUUUCUCUCUUUAGAAGCUGCUUUUCUUCUCUCUUUGGCCCACCAUCUAUGCCGGUAGUUAGAUUUUUGGCCUUUUUGGAUAAGAAACUGGAUAAACACCUCUUAGCCUGCCUUGCGCUCACUGGCAAUAGUACCGAGUGUAGUUGAUGUAAACUGUGCAAUGACACGGGCGCUUUAAUUCAAGAUUUAAUGCAUCGCGUUGCUAAGAAACCGGCCCGCAAUGUCGCCAGUCGCCGUUUUUUUUGGGGCGUAUUCUGUUGUCCAAACUGAGACCUGGUGCUCCGUUUCAAGACCUCCAAGGUGCGUCUUGCCAGAACUCUCCCCCAAGCAUACAAACCACUGUCAGAGUUCAGCUGUCCAGUGCUGUGGAUGGCUGAGCACCAAAGUCCUUAUAGUGGCCUUGAAAUUGAAUUUAUUGUGGGGGGGGGGGGGGGGGGUGUCAUCUUCUUUUUGUCACUUAACAAGGUGCAAUUGAGAAUUCUACUCCUGAUUUAAUGUAUAUGCAAUGUAAACAAAUAUGAGCUGGGAAAUGUAUUUUGACGUGUUCCUUCAUUUUUAUAAUGUUCAGUCACUUCUACACUGUGUCAUUGAGCACAUGUUUGUGGCUUUAUGUGAAAAAUAAAGUUGCUGUUUUUUUAAUUAUUAUUUUAGAUAUGACAUGUCAGCUGAUGUUUCUACGGUGACUGUCUGCUGUGUCAUUGUGAGACAAAAAAAAUAUAUGGCUGUUUGGUACAGUUGAUAACCUCAAA